CAUCACACCGAAUGGAUUAAGUCGGUAAAAUAAGCGAGCGGUGGAGCGCAAAAUUGAAUUAUUUAUUAUAUCGUAUCGUUUGUAAAGCACAAUUAUUCGGCGGCCGUGUGGCCAAAUGUCGAUGUCUUUUUUUCGUAUCAGUUUGAUUCGGUGCGGUCCUGUAAAGUCGCACAUUUGCGCUCGAAAAAAUCCACUUUAAUAUUGUCACUAUUUCCUUGUCAAACGGUCGUAUCGGAGCAUUUCUCGAAUACGCUCCGAAUUUAAUAAAAGUUUAUUAAUUUUUUUAUUUCUUUUUCGGGGUAAUUUUAUUUUUCUGUGAAAAUGGUGCUCAUCGGAAUAGGCUUCCAAGCCCUGCACGUCGCGCAAGCACCAUAGACCAGACAAAAUGUUCGCCGUGAUGCAAAUCGACGAGGAUCAUACACGGGACUUUAGGCGUAAACUGCGCCCCAAGUGCGAAUUCGUUUGCAAGUACUGCCAGCGCAGAUUCACCAAGUCUUACAACUUGAUGAUACACGAGCGCACCCACAAGAGCCCCGAGCUGAACUUCAGCUGCGAGGUGUGUGGGAAAAGUUUCAAGCGGCAGGAUAACUUGCGUCAACACAGAUGUAGUCAAUGCUUGUGGCGGUGAAGGUCAUGGAGUUUGCACGAUCCAACAACAGCGGUCUCUCUAACAACAUACA